UCAGAUCUGAUCGAUUUCUUCAUCAGAUGAUGCACUGAAUGUGUAAUCGAGUCGAGGAUUGAACAAACGCGAUCACUAGAAGCUUGACUGAUCGAAUUCGGAAUCGAGAUCAUGUCGUGCUUAGCCCUAGCUCUGCAACCAGCAAAUGGAUCCGACAUUUUGCUCCAAACUAGAGAAUGGUUUCCACCAGCAAGAGCCCUAAUCGCACUCUCGUAUUUUCGCCAAAUGCGUCAAGCAUUAGCUUCCUCUAAGAAACAGCAUCAGCAACAGUCGAGUCAGAAACAUAGCCAAGCUUCUUCUUCUUCGUCUUCCUUCGUUGCAGAUCCCGACGAUGCCGCGGCGGCAGAAUUUGUUGGUGAUGAUCCGCUUGCUGCUUCUAAUGGACAGGUUAUUGUUGGUGUUGAGAGCAAGUACCGUGUUGUUUAUAGAUUAGUGAACUCGAUCUAUAUCCUUGGUGUUACUGUCGCGGAUCAUGAUAAUUCGAUCAACGUGUUUGAGUGUAUUAAUAUUGUGAAUCAAGCUGUUAGUGUUGUUGUUGCUGCUUGUCGUGGAGUUGAUGUGACUCCCGAGAAGCUUGGACGGAAGUAUGCGGAAGUUUAUAUGGCGCUUGAUAUUGUCUUGCGUGGAGUAAGUGGUAUCCGUCUAUCGGCGAUGCUUGGUUCUAUGCACGGAGAUGGGAUUGCAAAGAUGGUUCACUCAGCUCUUGACUCUGAGAAUAAGAUCCGAGGAGGGGAUAGUUGGAUGGCUAUGGAAUCACACGCUGCAGAGCAUCAAGCUUCUGUGAACGCAUUCUCGAACGCAAGAUUCGAAUUACCUGCAGAGACCUUGGCUGCUGGAGACGAAUUAGCGGCGAGCUUGGCACCUGUCGUGCAAGAGUCAGAGCAACUGAAGGAAGAACCGGAACCGGAGAAUAAAGAUCCUUUUGCGGCAAGUGAAACGAUCAACAAGGAGAAAGAACUUGUGGGUGGGUUCAAGAAGACUAAGGAUCCGUCUUCAUCAGAUUUGACUUUGGCAUUGGCUGGACUAGAAGUGACUACAUUGCCUCCAGCUGAAGCAACACAGUCUACUCACAUCAAUGUGGAAGGAUUUGAAGGGCAAUAUGGUGGGAUUGAGUUCAGCAACGAACAGGCUACGAUUGGAGAAACUUUUGAAUCCUUUAGUGAUGCUUGGGGAGGUGGAUUGGAUCCGUCUGAGUUUAUGGGACCAAAGAAGAUUCAGAAGAAGGAAGGGCUCGGUGGGCUUGAGCUGUUGCACACAAGUGAUCCUAAGGCAGUGGAAAGCAAAGAUGGAGGUAAUCUCGAUAACUUAGUUAAAAAGCCUGAGAUGAAGGGUCCUGAAAUGUAUGUCUCUGAGGAAAUUAGAACCGAGUUUAGAGAAUCCUUGCUUGCUAGAGUAGGAUUAAUGGGUGUUAUCUAUCUGAAAACAAUGCCACCCAAAGGCUCUGGUGAAGAGAAAGAAACUGAGUUCUCAUUUCGUGUUGAGGGUACUACUGCAGUUAAGAGAUUUGCCAUGCAGAGUUCUCGGAUCAGUAGCUUAGGGAACGGGUUGUUUCAUGUGAGAACCGCUCCAUCAGAGGAACCAAUCCCUAUCCUAAAGUAUAGCUUGCAACCUAAACUAACCCCAUUGCCUCUUAGAGUCCGAAUGGUGAAACGAAUAAGCGGGACUUUACUCUCACUAAUGAUACAAUACGUCUCAAACCCGGAUCUACCUCAGCCUCUGAAAAACGUUGACUUUAUUCUGAAACUCCCGGUUGAUCCCACAUUGCUGAAGGUUUCACCUAAAGCAAUACUAAACAGAACCGAUAGAGAACUGAAAUGGCAAAUACCUGAGAUUCCUCUAAGUGGAACUCCUGGGAGACUAAGAGCACGGAUGCCUCUAGAUUCAGAGAACGGGGAAGAAGAACCAGAGAUCAUCUGCUAUGUGAAAUUCUCGGUUCAGGGAAAUACGUCUUUGUCAGGUAUCAGUCUACGUGCAGCGGCCGAGGGAAAUACAGAUUUCUACGAGGUAGAUCACAGGUACGAAACCGGAGUCUAUAUGUGCAAUUGAUAAGAUUCUCUCCACAAGAUCUACAUUGUUUAUAAAUUUCUCUAAUGUUCUUUGAGUGCCUUUUGUUGGAAAUUAAUCCUUCUUUUUUUUCUUUUUCUUUUUCUUUCUUUGGUGUCAUGUAAGGUUUUUGUGUACUUGUGUAUCUUGACAUCUCUUCAUUGUUGUUUUAUCUGUUUUACCCAAUUUGCUUUAACACUUUAUUACUGAA